AUGUCGGACGGAACGACGCCGAUGAGAAGCCCCACUCGCGGCGCAAACACAACCGACAACGCCGCGGGGAAAAGCCUAAACAAAACCAUGAACGUAGAUGACCUCGAAGCGGACCCCGAGUGGUCCGCGGAGCACGACCUCGUUUACCCGGAAGGAGGAUGGACGGCAUGGUCCCAGGUUUUGGCCGGCAACAUGCUCAACGCGCUGGCGUGGGGCUACCCGGCGACGUUCGGCGUCUACCAACUCUACUACACCGAUAAGUUGCACCUGCCCGCGGCCCAGGUUUCAUGGAUCGGCUCGGUCCAGAUCUUCCUGACAUUUGCCCUAUGCACCAUCUCGGGCCGGCUGACGGACGCCGGCUACGCCCGGCAUGCCGUUUUAGUGGGGUGUGUUUUUGUCGUCUUUGGCUCCUUCAUGACCAGUCUAUGCACUCGGUACUGGCAGAUCAUGCUCGCCCAGGGCGUCUGCACCGGCAUGGGCCUCGGUGUCCUCUUCAUGCCAAGCGUCGCCAUCAUCGGGUCCUACUUCAAGGAAAAGCGGUCUUUGGCUCUGGCAGUUUCGACAACAGGCACUGGCGUCGGCAGCCUUAUCUUUCCAUCGACCCUGCAGUACCUUGUUCCGCAAGUCGGGUUCCCUUGGGCCGUACGUUGCUCCGCCUUUGUCGCCCUCGCCGUUGCGACGAUAGCCAAUAUGCUUCUGAGGCCCCGGCUACCCCCGAGAAAGUCCGGUCCGCUGGUCGAGUGGACCGCUUUUCGGGAAGGGCCGUACAUUUUGUUCACCUUGGGAGUAUUCUUCUAUUUCAUGGCACUGUAUUUUGGUUUCUUCUACAUCAACACGUACUCCCGAAAGAUUGUAGGGUUUUCGACGACCGAUUCGGUAUCGCUGCUUCUCAUCACCAAUGGCAUGGGCAUACCCAUUCGCCCGGUCGUUGGCUGGCUGGCUGACCGUCAUGUCGGCCCCAUCAACAUGUUCAUGUUGAUGGUAUUCCUGCUGGGCGGCAUGGAGUUUGUAUGGAUCGGUGUAGAGACCAGGACGGGCAUGUACGUCUUCAGCGUCUUUUUCGGCUUGUCCAACGGAGCGGCACAGGGGGUGUUUGUAGGUUCAACGGCAAGCCUGACGACAGACCCGCAGAAGAUGGGCACGCGCUUCGGUAUGAUUGCAACGAUAUCGGGCUUCGCGUCGUUGGCCGGGCCUCCAACGGCUGGCGCCAUCAUUGACAAGGCCGGCGGGCAGUAUCUCGGGGCUCAGAUAUGGGGUGGCGCUAUGAUGAUAGCGAACUCACUGAUGAUUGCAGCGGCGAGAACCGCCAAGGCGGGGAAAGCCUGGAGGGUCAAGCUGUAA